CAUAGGCGCUAGGCCAAUGAAUUCUUGUUGAUUCGUCCGUACAUUAUCGUUCUGUGCCGAGUUGCCGGGUUGGAAAGUACUGGGGAUUACCCGAAGGUCGGGGAAUAGGGCGAAGCCGACCAAUCAGCGUUGGAGUUUCUGCACCCGAAGGUCGGCGAAGCCGACCAAUCGGCGUAGCCGAUUGUGAGCGCGGCGAAGCCGCGCAGCGAGCGAAGCGAGCUAGGUGGGAAAGGCCUUUUCUACUAUCGCCGUUUUCUGCAAAAUUCUAAUAUCUAAGUCAAAAUUUUGAAGUGAUUUAUGUUCGUCGAGUUAUUUGGAGGCCAUUCAACGUACAAAGUGCACAUAAUAGUUAUUUCGAAUUAAAAUAAACGCCACUGAAAUUUGGUCGAUUUCCGGGACACUGCGUUACCAGCAGUGCGGCGGCGGCCGCACCACGUCGCUGCUGCACAAGAUGAUGACAUCAUUGCCAGCCAAUCAGAGAUAGCACAGUUGAACUAUGACCCACAUUUCCCGCCGAAAUUGUUCUGCAGCCAGGCUUGCGACGAUUUCACCUCGACCAAAUUUCUCGAAACCAAGGACGUUAUAUCAGGUCCUUGCAGAAACACAGUACCAGAUCCAAGAUGCGGUGUUGAUCGGCUUGGAGGCAGGUUUGCUUUAGGUGGCAGUAGUUUAGGUAGUUUAGUAUGUAGAAUAGAACACUGCUAGUGUUAGUUAAUGUAUUGAUUCUUCUUAAUGAUAGAUUUUCGACUGUUCCUUUGGGUUUUCGGUCAUAUUGUCAUGGAAAUGUAAACUUCUAGUUUCUACAGUAGAAACAGGGUUGCCACAAUGUGUUUCUGAAACCAUUUUUUAACAGUACAUUUCCUACUGUGACAGUUUUUUCAUAUUCGUUAUGGAAAUGUUAUUCUGAAACCAUUUUUAUCUAUAGAUUUUCAACAGUUUUGUUCAGAUGUAAUUUCUAAUGUAAAUUAGUUAUAGUAGAAAACAGGGAGAGGGUUGCCAUGAUGUGAUUCUUGAACAUUGUUUGAUAUAGGGACAAAAUUGGGCCCGCUGUAGGAUGGCGUGUUUGUCGGAAGAGCAGCGCCAUGUUUGUGACCUUGCCAAUGAGUAUAACAUUUUUAUCACUGGUCGGGCGGGCAGUGGAAAAUCAGUUGUCCUAAGGCAAGUGAUUGCAAACAUGGAAGCGAGAUUUGGAAAAGAAGGUGUCGCUGUAGUGGCCCCGACUGGGAAAGCUGCACUGCUUAUAGAUGGCAGAACAAUUCACAGUUUUUUCUGUUUGGGAUUGGGGCAGAAAGAGGCUAGUGUCAUCUACCAGCAGGUUUUGGCAGAUAAUGCAUCUUUCCUGCGGAUCCAGCAGGUUCAAGUUUUGAUCUGUGAUGAAGUUUCAAUGCUGAGUGCCUCUCUGUUCAGCAAAGUAGACAGCCUCCUCAAACUUGUGAAAGGAAACAGUCUGCCCUUUGGGGGUGUCAGGUUGGUCCUUGCUGGGGAUUUUUUCCAACUCCCCCCCAUUGAUAAGAGGGAUGAUCACACUCCUGACUACUGCUUUUUGCAGGAAUCAUGGCAAAAGGCUGUGGACCUGUGUGUUUUUCUGAGUGGUGUGUUCAGGCAGGAUGAUCCAAAAUUCUUAGAGAUGCUGGAGCACCUGAGACUUGGCCGUCGUACACCUGCAUGUCUGGAUCUGUUGGAGAACUUGACUCGGCCAAUCCCCAAAGUAGAUGUCAGACUUUACUCAUUGAAGCAAGACAUGCACGUGUACAACCAGCAAAAACUGGACCAAAUGGAGGGUAGUGAGAAACGUUUUGCUGCCCAGGACAUGGGCAGAAAAAAAGGCAACCUUGAUUCCCUAUGUCAGGCUCCUUUUGUACUCUGUCUCAAACCUGGUGCCCCAGUUGUACUCCUCCAGAACUUAUUUGACAUUUCACCAAGACUUGUCAAUGGGUUAGGAGGAACAGUAAGUGGGUUUUCUAAUGGUCAUCCUGUGGUAACAUUUGACACAGGAGAGACUCAUACCAUACAACCCCAUAUGUUUGGUUUCUAUGACAAUGGUCAGUUGAUUGCUGCCAGGCUGCAGUACCCAUUGCAGUUAGGGUUUUCAAUGACCGUACAUAAAAGCCAGGGUAGUUCCAUUCAACAUUUGGAAAUCGCAGAUGUCCACAUGUUUGCUCCCGGGCAGCAGUAUACAGCGUACACAAGGGCAACAUCACCCAAUACGUUACGUGUACUGCCAGGCUACAACAAGUAUGCUCUGAAGCCACACACACAUGUAAUACAUUUCUAUGAGUCCUCUGUUCGUCUCCUGGCAGACUUGGUGACUCCAAGAGUUUCCAAGUCUAUUUUGUCAAGUACCCCAGUUCAGGAGAGUGUAAGUGGACCCAGUGAUAAUGUUGAUGUUACUUGUGUAAGGCAUGAGCAAACAUAUGACCCCAUCCAUGUCCCAGAUGGGUAUGACACUAGAAGUAUUCUGCAUUUAUUCAAUGAAGAUGUAGGUCCAUUUCCAAACCUGUUGAACUAUGUAGCAAACUUGGACCCCAACAAUGAGGGCAUCCAAUCUAUGGUUGCGUACCUAAUCUUCAGAACUGAAGAAAUGUUCUCUGAUGGGGUAACAGUUGACAAGAAGAAGGGGGUUGAUGUAAUCCCAAGAAAGGCAUUUACGUCACACAUUUCAAAGAUCUUGACCAUUGUUGAUGAACAGGAGACGCGGGGUAGAUGGGGCCUCAUCUCCAGUACUAUACCUUCAGAGGUAGCCAACACUCUCCUCAAUAGACUAGUAACUGUGAUUUACAAACAUGUGGCUAAAAUCAGAGACCCUGUCUCAGAGAUGAAGGAGAAGUUGGAGGGAGAGCUACAGGGUAUUCAACCUGACACAACCCAUUUUGACAUGUCCAAACAAAACUGUGGAAAGGUGAGAUAUUUGAUGGGGUGGGCAGUAUUCCGUCUCAUAGCAAACCUAGACACAGAAUUGAAGUCUGCACUUAAGACUGCAGCUAAAUCUUCUGGAGCAAAUGAGGCCAAGAUUGCUGAAUUAAGGCAAAUGAAGGCCCUCUGCUGUGCUUUGAGAGCAGAUCACGCUACACUGCAAGUCAAGUCCAGAUUUCCAUACAGCCUGGAGCAUGUUAACCGAAAGAACAGAGGUGGACUUUUCUUCGUAAACGAUAACCUGUUUCUGUUUGGAAUGUCCCUCGAAUCCCUUUGUGGCAAACUGUUCAAAGUCGAAACUGUUGACAUUUUGGGGAAAGAAGCCACAAUGAUUCUUUCGGGUAUUGUGAAGAACAAUGCACUUUUGAAAACAUUAUUCCUCCAGUACCUAGACCAAAACUACAGUCCUGCAGUACAUAUUUCUCUGUCACACACUCCCAUUCCUGUACCUGACACAAUUGAAACUAACUCCAGUUCGCCUUUUGGACAGUCUGAAACUGGACCACAUGUUGACAGUGACACAAUUGAAACUAUCUCCAGUUCUCCUUUUGGACAGUCUGAAACUGGACCACAUGUUGACAGUGACACAUUUGAAACUAUCUCCAGUUCUCCUUUUGGACAGUCUGAAACUGGACCACAUGUUGACAGUGACACAAUUGAAACUAACUCCAGUUCGCCUUUUGGACAGUCUGAAACUGGACCACAUGUUGACAGUGACACAAUUGAAACUAUCUCCAGUUCUCCUUUUGGACAGUCUGAAACUGGACCACAUGUUGACAGUGACACAUUUGAAACUAUCUCCAGUUCGCCUUUUGGACAGUCGGAAACUGGACCACUUGUUGACAGUGACACAAUUGAAACUAACUCCAGUUCGCCUUUAGGACAGUCGGAAACUGGACCACAUGUUGACAGUAACACAUUUGAAACUAACUCCAGUUCUCCUUUUGGACAGUCGGAAACAGUCAAGGAGAAGGUCUAUGAACGCAUCAUAGAGAAGUAUUUGCACAUGAGGAACAAAGAGUUCUUGAGACCUUUGAUGGAGAAAUUAAACACACAUAAGGAGACUGCGCUGCGCCCUGCACUACAGGCACAGGCAAAGAAAAAUACACAAUUGACUUUCAGAACAUUCUUGGAUGACAAAACUGACAAAAAAGACUUUACACAUCUCCACCUGAAAUCACUUGCUACCAAAGGGGUGGACAGUUUCACUAUCUUCACAGUAGUACAACUAAAGCUACUCUUAUUCUGUUAUGGGAAGGCCAUCAAAUCCCAGAGUAAAGAACACGUUAAGAGUAUGCUAUGUGAAGAAGUGAGAAAAAAUGAACACAUGCUGUACCCUGAUGAGCUGAAUUCAAAAAAUCUAGACAUCAUCAAAAAAGGUAAUGUACCCAAUGCGGCCAGUCAGUCUGUUGAGAGCCAGGGCUCAGAGGAUAAUGAUUUGCAAAAUAUGCAGUCCCCAGAAGGAGCCACUCCAGGUAAUGAAACAAACCAAACUGCGACACAAGACACACAUGCCAUUCGUCAGCGGGCCCGAAGGUUUAAUCCAUCACAUGAGCAACUUGAAACGUUGACACAGGACCACAUUAAUGGCAACCCUGUCUGUUUACACCAAGUUAGAGCUAACCAAUUUGGAGUAUUGCCAUCACAAAUAAAACGGUGGCACACUUCAUUCAAAAAGAGGAACACAGUAGCUAGAACUGAAGGGAAUUCAUAGGUGCUAAACAAUAGUAGAAGCAACAAUACCU